GCGCGAGGCCUCGCUUCUGGAGAUCGGCGUGCGACACUCAGUGACCUCCUUUUGCAUGUAUUACAGGGGUGUUGGAGAUGGCGGCCACAGAGAGCACGAUCCGUUUCAGCGGCCAUACAUUGGACAAGGCUACUAAGGCCAAGGUAACAUUGGAGAAUUACUACAGUAAUCUGAUAGCUCAGCAUAUCGAGCGAAAGCAGAGGCUCGCGAAGUUGGAAGAAUCAUUGAAAGACGAAGGAUUGUCGGAGCAACAGAAGCAGGAGAAACGGUUGCAACAUGCCCAGAAAGAAACUGAAUUUCUCCGCUUGAAACGUUCUCGGCUCGGUGUCGAAGACUUUGAGCCUCUGAAAGUUAUCGGCAGAGGUGCUUUCGGAGAGGUAAGACUUGUCCAAAAGAAGGACACCGGGCACGUGUAUGCGAUGAAAAUUUUAAGAAAAGCCGAUAUGCUGGAGAAAGAGCAAGUGGCGCACGUGAGGGCGGAAAGAGACGUUUUGGUAGAAGCGGAUCAUCAAUGGGUCGUAAAAAUGUACUAUAGCUUUCAAGAUCCUAUAAAUUUGUAUUUAAUCAUGGAAUUUCUUCCAGGCGGUGACAUGAUGACACUGCUGAUGAAGAAGGAUACGCUUUCCGAAGAAUGCACACAGUUUUAUAUUUCGGAGACGGCGUUAGCGAUCGAUUCCAUUCACAAACUGGGAUUUAUUCAUAGAGAUAUCAAACCGGACAACCUGUUACUGGAUGCACGAGGUCAUAUAAAACUUUCUGAUUUCGGGUUGUGCACGGGUUUGAAAAAAUCUCACAGAACCGAUUUCUAUAGAGAUCUCAGUCAAGCGAAACCUUCCGAUUUCAUGACAUCGUGCGGAAGCGGAAGUGGCGGAGCGAUGGAUAGCAAAAGGAGAGCAGAGAGCUGGAAGAGAAAUAGGAGAGCGUUGGCUUACAGUACGGUAGGAACACCCGAUUACAUAGCUCCGGAAGUAUUUUUGCAAACUGGUUAUGGGCCUGCUUGCGACUGCUGGUCCUUGGGAGUUAUCAUGUACGAGAUGCUCAUAGGAUAUCCUCCCUUUUGCAGUGAGAACCCCCAAGAAACUUAUAGGAAAGUUAUGAAUUGGAGAGAGACUUUAGUUUUUCCACCAGAAGUUCCCAUCAGUGAAGAAGCUAAAGAUACUAUAAUCAGAUUCUGUUGCGAAGCUGAUAGGAGACUAGGUGCGCAAAGAGGUAUUGAAGAGCUUAAACUAGCUCCGUUCUUUCGUGGCGUCGAUUGGGAACAUAUCAGAGAAAGGCCAGCCGCAAUUCCAGUCGAAGUACGUUCCAUCGACGAUACCUCUAACUUCGAUGAAUUCCCGGACGUGAAAUUGGAAAUACCGUCUGCGCCGAUGCCUCAAGACGGGGAGGUAAUAUACAAGGACUGGGUAUUCAUUAAUUACACGUUCAAACGAUUCGAAGGUUUGACGCAACGAGGCACGCCAACCAAGAAAUAGCAACACUCUAUUUCUUGCUCGGUUUCAACCAGUCAGCAGCCUGACGCAACUGGAAUUCCGGCCUUGGUACAUAACCCGUACCCUCCGAUGUCAUCAACGACAUCACGAAUGGAUGGUUGAUUCGUUUUGUCUUUUGAAUACGGUCCAGUCAAUCAUCGGCAGCCAGUCGCUUUUACAUGUACAUACGUGAUGAGACGAGCACGACGGACGUACACGUUACCGUAUGAAGAUGUGAAAC